GGCAAAACUCGGGCCGCGCCGGCCUAGCCUGGAUAGAUCGUGAGCUCGAGCAUGCAACGUUAGCCCAACGCAGUUAUGGAUUAUGGAUGAGUAAAAUUACGAUUCUUUAUUUUAAGCCAGGGUAGAAUUAACAAAUAACGAAUUAGAAAGGAGUGUAACCAAGAUACCGUGAAUCAUGCCUGAGUUUACAAACAACAACAACCUGAUUCUUGGCGGUCUGGCAGCGUGUGCUGUGGGUGUGUUGGGCAUCUCAUAUAUCUACUUACGGAGAGAAAAACGCAAGUUCACUCAGGUUGGAGUGGUGUCUAAACUCUUUAUCCAUCCUAUCAAGUCAUGCAGAGGAUUGGAGGUUUCCCAGGCUGAGUGUGUUGCUCUUGGGAUCAAAAGUAAUGGAGUUUUGGAUAGAUCCUUCCUUGUCAUUGAUGCCAACAAAGACAGCGUUUCAAGGAUCCGUCAACCUUCCUUGGCUUUAGUAGCGCCCUCUCUGUCUGAUGACAUGCAAAGUUUGUUGAUCAAUGCUCCUGGUAUGCCCACUCUCACAGUGCCUCUUCACAGUGAUCAGAAUGGAAGAAUAUACAACUCAAGAGUUCUGGGACUCGGCGUUCAAGGUGAAGAUUGUGGUGAAGCAGCCAGCGAAUGGAUCAGCCAGUACCUCGGCAAACCUCGCUAUAGACUGGUCUGUUAUUCCAACAAGUGCAAUGAUAAAAUCCUUCAAAAUGACCGCAAAUGGGGAAGCAAAUCCAAGGCUGGUGAAAAGGGAAUGUUCCAGAACCUUGCUCAUCUUCAUCUUUUCAGCGAGUCAUCUCUGAUCAACUUGAACUCGAAGCUGGAAAAACAACUCCACUAUGACAACUUCAGACCGAAUAUUGUGGUCGAUGGCAGCACUGCAUUCAGUGAAGACAAGUGGAAGUAUGUAAGAAUCGGAGAUGAAGUACACCUGAGGACAACGCAUAAGUGUGCAAGAUGUCCUCAAACCACUGUAGAUCCAGAAAUAGGAAAGUUCAUGGAGACCAAAGAACCCCUGAAGACCCUUAGGACAUACCGUAUGGCCGCCCCUGAUGAUCCCGAUCAGAAGACGUACGGUGCAAACCCUGUCUUUGGUACCAACCUUGCUAUUGAAUCAUUUGGAGUCGUCAAGUUAGGUGAUCCCGUCUAUGCUAGCCUGGUCUAAUAUACUCAGCUCAUUCCACAAUAAGCAAUAUAUCUUUAGUAUCUUAGUUAUCCAUUUUCUUAACCUUAUUAAUGUGCAUGAUGUCCAAAUUGGCCUGUAUACUUGAAACAGGUUUUAACUGUACCAUGGUACAAAACUUUGGUGUGUGCAGGUUUCUACAUAUUAUCAUGCUUCCCUUCUGGUACCCUUUGCCAAAAGCAUGCAUUUAAUUUGAUUUUUCCUAGUGUACACGAUGAAAUAAACGUAAUUAUGGACAAAAAUCUGCAUCGCCCAUGGAUUCGAACCAUGGUACAAUUGAAUCCUUUUUUUAAUAUGGGCAAUUGUGUUUGACAAAUUCAAAUCCAGUGCAUUAACUUUGUAGUUGAUUUAGCUAAUUCAAGAGUGACAUAUUUUGCAAAUUUGUCAAAUUUAGUGCAUAGAAAAAUGCUUCUACUAGACAAACAAAAAUCUUCAUUUUACAAGCAGGCAUCAUAAAAUAUGGAAGUGAAAUAUUUGGACCGAGUCUAUAGCAUGUUGCCGUCAUUCUGAUAUAGAUAUCUCACCCUUUGUGCUUGCUUUUUUGAAAUAUUUGCAAAAUAAGACCACACUUUUUCAGUGCGUGUUUUCCACGAUAACGAACACUCCUUGAUCAACAUAAAAAUUUUGUCCAUAAAUUUCAAUUCUACAAUCUUUCCGUCAGUUUCGUAUAUGUUAUUUGAAUUUAUUUUGUAUGAAAUGCGAAUGUUUUGUGAAUACGUUUUAACAAGAUUAAUAUUUUUGAAAUAUGUGCCAAGUUUGGACACCUGAUCAUACGUACCUGUAUGUUUUGUUCCAAUGUACUAAAUUUAUGUAUCAUAUAUUCAUGUCUAUGUUUAAAUAUUCAUCUUAAAUCAUGCAAGUAUCCCAUUUGGCUGUUCUUAAUCAAUAAUUGAAAAAAUAAAUCAUGCAACAUAUAUAAUUCCAGUACUUAUAAGGUAUUUAUGUCUAUGAAUAAUCAUAGAUUUUCUUUUGAAGCCCAUUUUCUACGAAAAAAAUUUAAUUGGUAAUUUUUUUUUUGGGGGGGGAGACAUCUGCAUUGGUUCGAAAAGUUGAUAGAUAUUUGUUUUGAAUACAAAUAUACCAUCAAGCAUGGUAUUGAUGACUUUGAGAGCCAAUAUAUUCUAGACUAGUAUCAUGAUGUGUAACUAUUUUUAAUGGUUUGCUUUAAAUCGAGAGCUGAAAGAGUGAUUUUGAUUGCUUGACGAAGUUGCCGUUGAAUGAUGCAUUGGUGUAUGUCCAUUUAAGAUGUUCUUUUGUUGGCAUUGAUAUAAAUUGUGCAAAAUAGUCCACAGUACUUGGUCAUGACUGACAUAAAGAUUGUCUACACGCAUACUUCAAGCUUUUCAAUAUUACUUAUUUAUCUCACUCAUCCACUAUACUCUGUAGUAUUCAUUGCCAUUUGUUUGCAUGAGUCAAAAUUUCAUAGAUUUAAAGCUAAAUUACAGUAGUUGCAGUAAAACACUGAUUUCGUAAGAAAGUCUGUAAAACCAAGGUUAAGUAUUACUAUAUCAUCGUCGAUCUAGAUCUGGUACAGUUACAUAAACUGAACUUUGUGAAAUCAUAAAAUCUAAGCUGAAAAACAAUCACACUGAAGAUCGCCAACACAGAUAGGCACACGUUGGACAGUGUAUAUUAUAUUGCUGGAAUAAAGACCCGACGGAAGUGCCCGAAUCCGCGCUUAUUUUGCUUAUUUCUCAGCAAUUACACAAUUUCUUCCAGAAUCCUUCGGCACAAAUUUUUUAUUCAUAUCUACAGACACUUGGGUGGUCAUUAUAUUGGAUUCUAUAAAAAGUCAUUUUGAGAUCGUGACCACAACUGGCAUUUAUCUUUAAUAUACACCAAAGCGAAAGGAAUUUUACGUGCCAGGGGGAUGUUUCAUAAAGCUGUGCAUAAACGACUUCAUGCACAGUUGAAGACACUGUCUUGUGCUCAGGGGCGGAUCCAGGAAUUUCCGACUGGAGGGGGGGGGGGCAGCUUUUUUGUUCACAAACAUUUUGACGAGCAAAAAAAAUAUAUUCCUACACUCCUGAGUGAUAUGGUAAAAAAAAUUAAGCAAAGCAAAAAUGGUCUUCACUUGCAUGUAAACAACAUUUACAACUAACAACAUUUUUAUGGCUCUCAAAGCGGGGGGGGGGGGGGGGGGGGUGGCAUAAGACGGGUGCGCUGGAACUGCCACUGCUUAUGCUAUAAAUGAGAUAUCUCUAUGUAGCUAUGUCAGAUUUCAUAAUCAAAAUUUGUUUAUUGCCGAUUUGUAAUUCAAACAUAGUUCUUUGGUCCCACAAUAUUUGAUCGAGGCAGAUUCAUCUAAAAAAAAAAAAUCACUUUGAUAAUGUACUGGUAUCUAAAAAAAAAAGUUUCUUUAUGCAAUCACAUUAUACGUUUAGAAUGUAAUUUCAUGGACUAUAAAUGAGUGAAUCAUUGAUUGUUCUUGUGACAAGAAUGUGUAAUAUUUAUCACUAAAAACUGCCAAGUGUUCCUAUUAAGUAGGAAAAUUAUCCGUUUAAUCAGUGGCUGCAUGUUUCUAUUUUCUGCCAAAAAAUUAGUACUAGUACUGAAUAGAAAUUCAUGGAAUUUUUCUUAAUUUUUCUUGCUUUCAGGGUUGGCAGGUAUGAUGUAUGUUAUGAUUAUUGGUUUUUCACCACCAAUAGAAUCAUAUUGAAACAUGAAUGUUGUAACUUAAUGUUUGAAUAUAUUCUGCAACACAUGAUUAUAUUUUUAUAUCAUCUAUAUUUUUAUAUAUGCUACAAUAGAUGUAUGAUUGAUUUAAUACGGUGCAAUGAAAUGAGUGACAUUUAAAAAAAUAAAAUCCAUUAUUAAAUUCAAUAUGAAUUAGUGUUUGUGGUUAUUGAUAAACACAUGUGUUUGGUUGAUAAUUUUUGCAAAAAGUUCAAGAGAUUUUCAAUAUUUGUCCUAUUCUAAACUUCCCUUAAUAUUUUGGAGAAUAAUUGGAUGUUGGCAAUAUGUCUGUGAUCAGCUGAAUAAGUAGAUUUGCCUUUUUAUCUUAACAGACUAUUUGACUAUUUUGGCUUGUUUUAGAGUAGUACUGGUACAAAAAGGUCCCUCUAUUCUAUAAAUGAUGUUCCAAUUAUCAAUCAACACAUAACUUUCUUUACAACAUGAAGAAGUUGGUUUUAAUAUUGUGGAAUUCAAAGCUUUUAUUAAAGGUAUUAGGGAUAUUGUAUAUUUUUUGGCAAAGAAAAAUUCUAAAUUGCCUGUACAUUAAAAAAAUUGAGAUUUUAUAUUUAAUUUGUAUUACGUAGUGUCUACAAACUUAUGCCUACUUAAGUGCUGCUCUGUUUAAUCAUUUAUAUAGUUUGUUGAUUCGUUUGAUUUAUAUUGUAAUCAUUUAUAUUUUGAUCAAUAAAGAAAGAUAAACAAA